AUGACAGUGACUACAAAGAUGAGUUCGAAAAUGUCCAGCUUACACAAAGCAACGACAACGGAUAUCCAGCAAGAGAUAGGAAGUGCCGUGGGCACCAUUCGCAACUUCAUCAAGGUGGCCUACGCAGUCAGCAAUAACUGGAAACACCAUAUCAUGCAACACACUUGCUCGGAGUCGGGAGCUGGAGAACAAGUUCUCCUCUUGUAUAGAAUACUCAGAAGUGCUGCUAGUGCCAAAGAGGAACUCUUAUCUGCCGCCAAGCAAUUUUCUGAUGUGGUCUUUCUUCAAAUGGCACAGGAAAAACGAAGUAAUCUGGAAGUGCCUGAAAUGAAAACGCUAGAACCGGAAGAAGAGGAUGAGUUGCAGGGGAACCAUGCGAAGGAGAAUGGGGAAAGGCAGCCGUUAUCAGACGAAGAAUACCUCGCCUGGCUAAUUGAGGAAAGUAAAGAUGAUGACGAUGAGCAAGUUGAAUGCGUGUCGAUGCCGGAAGACAAAGAUGAGGUGGCGUCAGCCAAGAGGAAGAAAUUGGACCACAGUGAGCCGACUGCGAAGGGAAAGGAAGACGAGCCUUGUAUCAGCAGGGCAGCACAAGAUCAAGUUGCGAAAAUACCUGGAGAGGCGGAAAUGGUGUCGAGAGACGAAGAUAGGGAAUGGAUGGAAAAAGAACUAGCCGAGCUCCAGCAUAGCUACGAAUAUUUGCCAAAACGAAAAAUCGGCGUAAAGGCUAGGGGAUGCCCUUCAUGUACCUUCUGUGGACUACAUGAUGAUCACUGUUCGGAUUCAUGUCCCAGAAUAAUAGAUGGAAUGAACAGAUGGAACUUUAUCCUAGACGAAAACCUGUGCGAAUGUUGUUUGAAGGACUGCGAUCUCGAGCAGGUGUGUAAGACGAAGUCUGAACAGUGCUGGUACUGCAACAAUGGACAUCAUCGAGCGCUCUGCACGAUCUCAGAUGAGAAGCCUAGAAUUGCCGCGAGAAUUGAGAAAAUAAAGAGGAAGCUGUGGGAAAGAGGCCGUCAACAA